CGCUUUGGUGGACCUUUAACUUUAAGAGUUAGGCAUUGGUCCUGGACCAGGACAAGGGCGUAGGAGCUGGAACGAGCAUAGCAUUUCUUCUGCUGCAUGUCCGUCCUUGUUUCAAAGAACAAGUUGUUGAAGUGUAUUCCUCGAGCUACAGUAUUUAGCCUCCAGGUAAGAGGAGGUAUUAGGCAAACAAAUUUACCCAGAACAUUACAGGACCAAUCGUGGGUAGAGGUUAUCAUUACUCGCAAUCACAGAGGUACUUGCGAUGCCCCGCCAUCAGAAAGGCUUCCGGGGGGGCGGGCGGGGAAGCCGCGGCGGAGGGCACCGAGGAAGGGGUGCUGGAGGGCUGCAGUUUGCUCCUGCGGGGCUGAUGCCUGAUUUUAUAGUGGAAGCACAGCGUACAGAGUCGGGUGCUCCAAGUACUCCAACUGCUGCACCUCGUGGCCGCGAUUGCAGGGGGGGGCGCCGGGGCAGAGGAGGGCCAGCCUUCCAGUUGCGGGAUCAGCCUGUUGCCCCCCCUGGGAAGGGGCACUUUUCUGCAGUGGGCUUUCAGUAUGCCCCCCACGCACGCUCAUCAGGUCAAUUGCCUGAUGUCGAGGGCGAAGAGCCCGACUAUAAAAGCAUGGGGUUCAGACCCCUUUCAGCAAACGCACCAGAGGCGGAAAGGUCUGCGGAGGGGGAGGGGUCUGAUGAGGAUGCUUAUGCUGCGGAAGGCUACGAACCCAUUGGGAAGGAUCCGCUGCCUUCGGGGGACUCUGAGAAAAGCGCGCCACAGACCUGGCGACCCUCGAGUGCGAAGUGGGCGGGCUUCGUCAGCGGGGGACAGCUAGAGGAGCAAACCGAGCCCACAAGCCGCAGUCCAGCCCCCUUCACCAACUUCGCAUCCUCCGGUGGGCGCGGCCUGGGCUUCACCAGUGACGUUGAGAUGGAAGACGAGGGUCUUGUUGAACAAGGGGUCACCCGGCCCGAGGAAGGCGAGCACCUGCUGGAUGACGAGGGUGAGGGAAUGCAGGGCCUGGGGUACGAGCCGCUCGCUAGCGACACCAAUAGGGGCCAGCGGGACGAGAGAGCGGCAGAGGAAGAGUCAGCCAAGGAACAGCGGAGAGGCGGUUCGCUCGUGUUCAGCGAGUCAUCGGACCAGUUGGAGGAGACGGGGGCCUCCGACUCAGGGACGGAGCGUCUUCUGGACAGCAAUACUGCACUCGCGUAUACGCCCUUGCCGCCGUCACUGGAUGCUGACCUGGAUCUGAAUGGUGGGGUGAGCACUGGGCUGCCUGACGGGCCCCUGUAUGAGAGGGCAUAUGGCAGCCUCUUAUUAGGCGAGGAUGCGGAGGGGCGGGACGGGUUGGAGCCGCGACCUCUCACUGCGGGUAGUGCAGGGGGCAUGUUAGGGCCGUCUUCUGGGCCCAAGGUCGAGGAGAAGAUGGAUGAAUUCAGCUAUUGGCAGUCGCUGCGGUCACAAAAGGGCGAGCAGCCGCAAAUCCGAGGGACGAACGGGAAGCCAAACGCGCCCGCACGUGGAAGCGUGCUGGGACGAAUGGUGGGGGGCAAGAAGCCGCUUAAAAGCGCGGAGCUGACGGUAGAGGAGCGGGAACAACUGAGCCAGUACGCAUUGCUUGAACCUGUUCAGCAUGUGUCCCUGGGGUUGACCGGGGGGGAUGCUACGGUUGGGAGGAAAGCAGGGGGCCUGCCGGUCACACGGUCGAAGAAGCGGCGGAUGCGGCGCAGCUUUAAGCUGGCAGUGACGGCGCGGCGCGGGAGGGGCCGGCGGAGCGAGACCGUGCUGGAAGACUUGAUGGCGGGGUACAGUGAGGAGGAGGAAGAGGAGGAAGAACUAGAGGGGGGAAGAAACGAGGGCCACCUGGUGAUUGGGGGGCUCAAUGUGUAUACCGAGGAUCUGCCCCAGCACGGGAGCUGGCGGGGGCGGGGCCUGCGCAGGAAGGUGGUCCGGAAGAAUGGCCAGGAGCCGGACGAGGGCUGGGAGGAAGCAGACAGCGGAAGCGACGUUGGGGCUGACACUGCUGAGGACUACUUCGACAACGUGGACUCCGACGGGAGCGGCAGUCCGCGGAAGCGCGCGCGGCCCGUGCUGAUUGGGGGCCAGCCGGUGGGGGAGGGCGUAGAGUACCUGCCCAUGUUCGACGAGCAAGGGCGCACCAUCCUGGAGAGCGGGAGCGACGAGAGCGAGGAGGAAGAGGACGACGCGUGGCUCAACCUGGCGCAGCUGCAGCACAAGAUGGUGCUGCACAGCCAGGACGAGGGCGGGCAACCAGGUGACUCCGACUCGGACGCCUCCAGUAGCAGCGGCAGUGGCAGCGAUGAGGACCGCCCCUGGGUGCUCGCCGAAGCCGGCAGCGCUGACAGCGACCCCGAGGUCCCGAGCGCCACUCUGAGGUCGCCGCAAAUGGCCGGUACGUCCUGGCCGGGGGCAGGCCCCGUGCUGCCAGGGCGCCCCCCCACGCUGAAGCAGCGGCUGAAGGCUGCGAGGAAGAAGGAGCGGCGGGAGCAGCGAGAAGCGGAUGCGCUGCUCGAGGAAGAGGAGGAACGGGCCCUCGGCCAGGAGUACCCCGUGCAGGGGCGGGGGGGUCGCAAGAAGGCGGACAAGAAGGGGCGGCUGGCCCCCGGAGAGAAGCAGGCACUGCGCAAGGAGGGCAUUGAGAGGAAGCGCGCGCAGCGAGCCGCCGGGAAGGGCCUCGACCUGAACGCCGUCGACCAGGCCCUCGCCGCCCUCGUUGCGAGCGGCGGCGACAUGCACGCGUUCUCUCCCAUGGACCCGCGGUGCCGCAAGCUGGUGCACCAGCUGGCCGCCGUGUACGGCCUCAAGAGCGGCAGCCAGGGCAGCGGCAAGAAGCGCUUCACCGUCGUGCAGCGCACGCGCCACACUGCGCCGCCGCAAGGGGAGGCCGUGCUCAAGAGAUUGCAGCUGCUGCACCGGGCCACCGUGUCCACUGCCGCGGAGGAGUACAUUCCGCUGCCGCAGGGCCCCGGCGGCGAGGAGCGGCGCCUGCGCUCCAAGGCGCGCCGCGCCGGCAUGCAGGCGCAGCAAGGUGGAGCUGCUAGCAGCAAGAAGAAGAAGAGCCGCAAACGCGGGCAGGCCUGGCAGGACUGGGACGAGGAAGACGACACCCCCCGCCGCGGAAAACACGUCAGCGGGGGGCGCAACCAGGGGGGGGGCCGUCGCGGGCGCGGGCGGGGCCGGGGCGGCGGCGCGUCGUACGCUUCUCAGCCGAUGGACUUCGUCGCGAGCGGCGUCAUCCGCGCGGAUGCCGUUCUGGCGGAGACGGUGGUGGCGGAGAGCGCGUCGCGCGAGCGGGUGGAGCGCGGGGGCGCGACGGUGGUGAGCGAACACUUUGGGCGGUUCGAGCAGCACACGACGGGCUUCGGGUCGCGCAUGCUGGCACGUAUGGGCUUCGAGCCGGGCCAGGGGCUGGGCCGCCAAGGGGAGGGCAUUGCGGAGCCGGUGCAGGCCGAGGUGCGGCCGCGGGCACUGGGGCUGGGGGCGCAAGCGGACCCGGUCAAGGGGAGGAGGAAGGACCGGGCCGUCUGAGAGCGGCCGUGUGGGCAGGGGGGAAGAUCCAGCUGGUAGACGUAUCACGUCGUUGUGAAGCCCGUGGGCGGAGUACAAGGUAUGGAGCAGCAUGGACGGAGUACACUGGUAUGAGAAGUUUGUUGCACGUUAUACAUAUAGUCGCACGCGGUCUUUGCAGACUUCUUGAUGCAAGGUGAGCGGUCUAAACUCCGCUAGGUUUUAGACGGAGGUGGCAGGUUCGUACGUCCCGUACGGUCUGUCUGCCAGCACAACAUAGGCGAGAACAUUGAUCUGCUAGCCCUUGGAUCUGGCAAUGCACACAGUCUGAUGGAUGGCGACACAACGUGUUUUGGUACGUGGCCAAGCAUCAGCGCGUGCAUCAUCAUGCAAUUUUUAUAUACAGAACCUCUCGACCUUCACUAGUCAAGAGAUAGACUUAGCAAAGGCCGUUAGCGGCGGCUAAGCUAGCACAUCAUUACACGUACACAGACUUCGAGCCUAGCUCGCAGUGCCCACAC